UAGAUCCUUAUCAACAACAUGCGCGGUACGCAGUACUAUAUAUAGUACCUACUUUGUGGUUUUAAGAAACACGUAGACGAAUUUCGUGACCCUCCGCAUGCGUAUUACGAACUAAAACCAGCAAUUCCUAUAUUCCCGUAAAUCUGACAGAAGUGGGCCAGUUGGGUUUCCGGCAGUUUCUGUGAUGUAUUCUCCGUCAAAGAAGUUGUAAUGGAUACUCUCGAAUAUUAUCGAAUCCAGAUAUAAGUCAGAUACCAGCAGGCAAUGAACGAGAGAUUAACCUAAUUUCGUUUUACCGAUAUUGUCCGGAACUUCUGUAUUCUUGGUUGCAGCCGAGCGGUUCAUAAAUAUAUUUCCGAGCCAUUCAUCAUACCAGUGAGAAUUUCCAAACGGAAUAAUGUUGCAACGCGCAUCCUUUAUAUUUCGUAACAUCGGUACUUACAAGAGAAUCGAGACCGAAAGCAGAUUGCAUUUUCAGUCGAGGAUAACGACACCGUCGGGUGCCAUUCUUCCGGAACCGAAAGGGACACCUUUCGGUUACGUGAAUGUUAUUUCCAGUGUUGGAACCGGUCUAAUCAUUGGUGUUACAUUGAGUAAAUUAGUGGCCUACGUUCUCGAGGAGAAAGAACUUUUCAUACCGUCGGACGACGAUGACGAUGAUUAAAUGCGUUUUUAUUUUUUCAUGACUCAGGAUAGAACAGUCCUAGAGGGUAGCUAUGCUUGGGAGGCAUGUGACGUUAAUACACAUUCAAUUCUCCCAUUUGCCUGCAAUUGAAUUGAUUGAUUGACCAUUUCUUUUGAAACCACUCUUUGCUUGAAUUGCAUCUCUUAUAGAAGAGAUUGUGAAACCUUGUAAACAUGUCUGCAGAGACUUUGCAAGUCUAUGACAAAUAUAGAAAAUGCAUUGAAAACUUACAGCCUUGAGCGCAAAUAAGCUUGCACCCAACAAACUGUUGGUAUAUAUUAAUUAAUUGUAAUAAUAUCUGUAUACUGUUUUAGCGAAUAAAUAUGUUGGUGGAAACAGAAAGGA